CUGCCUGCCUCGUUGGCGCUGGGCCGGGCCGGGUCGGGUCGCACCCCCCGCUGCCGCUGCUGCCGCUGCUGCUGCCAUGGGAGCGAGAGCGCGAGCGAGGGGAGGAGGAGGCGGCGGGAGGCCGGAGCAACUGGUGGCCUGGAUCAACCGCGCCGAGUGGGACCAGGUCAUCGAGUACCUGUACUGCGGCGACAGCAAACUGCAGCGGCAGGCGCUGGACAGGAUCUCCGCCUGGAAAUGCAGGUAUGGCAAUAGCACCCCACUUGCUGUGGAAUGCACGGCAAACCUAAUUCUUUGCAAGCUUCAUGAUCACGCAGGGGAAACUGCAUCCAGUGAACUGGUACUCUCGUAUGGGCUUGCUCUUGUCAGGUUUGUUAAUCUGAUUACUGAAAGGAAGCAGAAAAGAUUUGUUGUGCCUUUGAGACGUUUGGCAAAUGAGAUGAAUAUACCAGAAUGGAUAGUAAAUCUCCGACACGAACUAACACACAGAAGACUGCCCACAUUAGGGUGGUGCAGGAAAGGUUGUGAGUUUGUUUUGGAAUGGCUGCGGCAGCAAUAUUGGAAUCAACAGUUGGGGAAUAAUAUUGUGGACACUUGGAUCUUGGACUCGCAAGAAGAGGAAGAUGAUGAAGUACAAUUACAGGAACAACUGAAACAGAAAGAGUUUUAUGAUAAAAUCAGAGAGCUACUGACUUCCUAUGAAAAAGAACAGUUCCAGGUUUUGACAGAUCAGAAAUUAGUCUCCAAAACAAAGACACUUUGGAAUACCUUACCGUCUGAAGUUGAAUGGAUUUUGUCACAAGUUAAAAGACUUGCCUGGGAAAACAGAGAGAUGGUAGUGGAAAUUCUCCUGGAUGAUGGGUUUCUUAUUCCUACAGAGGAGCAGCUAAAAUCUUUAAACAUUGAAUGUCCAGGAGAGUUUGUAGAUUUAUCAAAUCCUGGAAUUCCUUCAACAUUUUGUCGCUUCUGGCAACCUCUUUUAAAGUGCCUACAUUCUCGAUACUUCACACCAUUACUGCUGGAGAAGCUGUUUACUGAGCUGAAGCAUUGCUGUGAUUCUUCAGGACUAAGGAUACAGUACGUUACAGGCUGGAUCACAGAGAUACUUGCAGCCAAUGCAAAAGCAGGGAAAAGUGUGAAGGGCAUUCCACGAAGCCAGAAAAUAAAGAGGAGCAUGUGGCAGUUGUUUUUAUUUCCAUGUCUACUAGAUUGGCAAGAUCUUCUUAAAAGUUGUCUUGCAGCACCAUGUCAGGCUACACCUCAUCUCCUCCAACAGAUUUUAACUGGCACGGACUCCCCAUUGCCCAUUACCACACAACAGAAACUCCUCCAGCUCUGUUCUAUAUACAUUCAGGAACCAGGGUCCUUCAGCAUUUCUGACUUUCCAAUUGGCUGUAAUCAUCUACCGGUACACACAGUGGAAAACCUACAAGUGAUGAAUGGGUCCGAGUCAUCAAACCAGUUAACUAGCACAGUGCAUACUGACUUCCUGAUGGACACUGAACCUGUGGUGGUCCACACCACUGGAGAGGAGCAGUCACAAUCGAUCAACCUUGAAAUGUUAACAGAAACCAUUCAAUCCCUGGAGGGAUCCGUAUGGCAGUUAUGUACAGAUCAAAUUGCAUGGAAGAAUUAUCCUUUGGGUAAAGUACCAGGCCAGAGUGACGACCCAAACUGCUUUUUAGUGAACAAUUACACCUUGAUGCCAGUGUUGCCGCAGCCAACGACAAAGGAGACCAUGGAUCAAAAGAAUACUGAAAUUAGUACCACAGGAUUGCCUUGCGCAGACCCAGAAGGUUUAUGGUGGAACCAGGGUGACCUACACAGACUGAAAGCUGGUUUGAAGUUGUUCUAAUGAAGAUUUUAUUUUUCAAAUCUUAUUAUUCCCUGAUCUCAUCCAUCAUUCAGAUGUGUGUGUGAAUGUGCACACGGUUUCACAUUUAUCCGAUAUUCGGCUGUUUGUUGAAGGUUCCCCACUUAUUAUUUUAAAAACGCCUACAACCCUGUUGUAUAUUUUCAACACAUAUACCAUGUAUUCCAAAGUCCUUGUAAUUUGCUUAUGAUGGUCUCUUAGAGUAAAGAUGAAAAAUUGAUCUAAAUUUAAAUUUCCUCCAGUCCCAAAAUUGGAGCUGACAAUCUGAUCAUCGGUUAUGGUCUGCCCUAAACGGGUUUAUUUUACAUUAAGUGUUGAAAUUUCAAUUGUAAACAAUCAUAUGUGUUUAUGGAAUUCUGUAAUAUUAUAUGCAUGUAAACUGGUAGGUGGCUGCCAUUUUUCUUAUUGCAAAAAUAAAUUCUAGCAUCUAA